AUGCGCUUGCUCACCGAAGACAACUACUACAAUGUUGUGAAUUCUUGCAAGUAUCAUGGGAAGGCAGAAAAGAGGAAAAAUGAUGAGGGAAAUCUCGUUAGGGACAUUGGCAUUUCCAAUUUCAGUCUUAAGAAGCUCAAUAAGCUACUGGGAUUUGCCGAAACAAUUCCCACUGUGUGUCAGAUGGAGAUGCAUCGUGGUUGGAGAAAUGACAAAAUGUAAUUGGAGGAAUGCAAGAAGAAUGGUAUUCAUGUCACUGCAUACUCACCACUGGGCUCAUCAGGAGGAGGCAGAGAUCUGGUCCAUGAUCAGACAGUUGAAAGGAUAGCAAAGAAGCUGAACAAGAGCCCAGGACAGGUGCUGGUGAGGUGGGCCAUCCAGAGAGGGACAAGUGUUAUCCCCAAAUCAAGCAACCCAGAUAGGAUCAAAGAGAAGAACAUCAAGGUCUUUGGGUGGAAAAUCCCAGAUCGAGCAAGACUUCAAGCCCUCUGUAGUAUCCCGGAUCAAAAACGAGUGCUGGAUGGUGAAGAUUUCUUUGUGAACAAAGAAGCAGGGCCAUUCAGAAGUGUAGCUGAUCUCUGGGACCAUGAGGACUGA